AUGUCUCGAUCAUUGUCAGUGACAUUAAUUAAUAAUCUUGGACAAGAGAUUCCAGUGCAAGCGAUAAACAACACCGUAGAGCUGAUCAUUCCUCGUGAUCCGAAUCUAAUUUUUCCAUCAAUGAUACUUCAGAAUACUGCAUCGACAUCAUUAUCUGGUAAUCUAACCAAUAAUCAACAAUUCAAUUUACAUUUUAUCAAUACUACUUUGUCGACUUCGAAUAUAUCAAAAUCAGUUCAUUUUGAAAUGUUAUCAGAGGAUCAAACUCGAGGCUAUAUGAUCAUCUAUCGAUUCGAUGCUGUUCCACAACUGAAUUCGUCAAUAAAUCGAACUGAUGGUUGGUCCUUAUUCUGUCCUUCAAAUUUGAACAAUGACGGUAUAUGGACUACUUUCAUUGACAAUCAACAAAUGUCAAAUCAUCAAUCGGUCAUAUUCGGAGUUCGAGAAUUGAAUCAAAUCGAAUUCGAUAUGUAUUGCUUCAAUGAAACAUUAGAAUCACCACCAAUUACAGAUCAAUCUUACAAUUUCACGGCUAAUUAUUCACUGCGUAUAUUCAUAUCAGGUUGCUACUAUCGCGAUCAAAAUGAUCAAUGGCAAUCGUAUGGUUUAACUGUUCAAUUCAAUCUAGUAGGUGCCGUAGACGAGACAGGUACUCGAACAUUGAUCAAUCCAAAUCGAGAAAUUUUACAGCGUGGUUUUGUUGAUUCAUUUAUCAUUGCUGUGCCUUCAUCUCUCGGUGCUCUCCAAUAUAUGCACAUCUGGCAUGAUAAUUCAGGUCGAGGUCGAUCUGCAUCAUGGUUUCUGAAAUAUGUUAUUGUACGCAAUCUAAAAACCAUGGAAAAGACCUAUUUUAUUUGUCAAAAUUGGUUAGCAAUUGACAAAGAUGACAGCACGAUUGAACGUUGUCUACCUGCAGCUGGUGAAUUUCAAAUACAUGAUAUAUCAUAUGUUUUUGCUAAGAAAGCCUAUCAUAAUAUGUCCGAUGAACAUUUGUGGUUUUCGGUCUUUAGUCGACCACCAGCCAGUCAUUUUACUCGAGUUCAACGAUGCACUUGUUGCUUUCUUUUACUUUUUACGGCUAUGCUUCUGGGUAUUCUCUAUUACGAUCAAGCUCAACAGGCGAAAAAUGCCACAUCUGGUGGUUUUCAUCUUGGUCCAUUGUACAUUACACGAGAACAGAUCGUGAUUGGAUUUAUUGUCGAUAUUUUAUGUUUUGUUCCGAGCCUACUAUUUGUGCAAUUUUUUCGACGUAUUCGCUCGCGUGAUCUUCACGGGCAACUUUCGCCUGUUCUUCAAACAUUGUGGAGCAUCGGUGCGAUUGAUCGUAGUAUUUCUUUGACGGAUAUGGCUGAAACAUUGGCUAAAAAGAAAAAAAAGAAAUUUUUAUUUCCAUGGUGGUGUUUAAUAAUUGCUUACAUUGUAUCAUUUCUUUUCGUUGUUAUGUGUACUUUUUUUAUUAUCGCGCGUGGUAUUCAAUUUGGCGAUGUUAAAACUCAACAAUGGUUGACAUCACUUGUCACUGGCUUUUUCUCAUCAAUUCUUUUCUCUCAGCCGAUCAAAAUUGUUUGUCUAGUAGCUUUCUUUGCUUUCUGCAAUCGAAAAUCAAUGGAUGAUGAUCAAGAAGCCGCUGGUUAUAUUAAUAAGUAUGAAAACAUCUAUUUGAAUGGUGGUAAAGACGAAGAAGAAUAUACGCAUCGUACAACCGAGCCUGAUGCUUUCGAUGUUUCACGACGUACUCACGUCAAUCGAUUGACUAAAGCUCAAACGAACCAUGAACGCACUGCUCGUCUUCGUGAAGUUGCUAUGUGGAAAUUAACUCGACAAUUGACCUAUCAAAUCUUUUUCAUCUGGAUUCUUUUCGUGAUAUCAACUGUCGGUGAUUAUUGGCAAUGGUUGCAAUCGAGUUUUGUCUCCAAUAUUCGAGCACAACAGUGGUACAAUGGCGAUCCUCCAAAAAAUUUGAAUGGUUUUAUUAACGAUAAAAACAAUCGAUUAAUUGGAUGGGUAGUAAUGCGUCAACUACGUGUUAGACCAGAGUAUGAUUGUCGAAUAUCUGAUAUGUUCCAUAAUAUUGUUCGAUGGUGUUCAACUAACUACCAAAUUUGGAUGGCAGAUCGACGUUCAUUUCAACCGGGUUGGACAUUAAACACAAGUCAUACGUCCUACAGUCAAUCGAUUCAAAAUGCGUUUAUCUAUCGAUCAAGUAGUGAAGUUGAUUCUUAUAGUCACAUGACUGAUUAUGCUUUUUAUGAUGGUGGAGGAUAUACCUAUGAAUUCCGUGGUCGUUUAAAUGAUAUAAAAGAGAAUCUUACUCUACUUCAUCAAAUCUCAUGGAUUGAUCGAUUGACUCGUGCUAUUUUCAUUCAAUUUAGUUUGUACAAUCCGAACGCAGAACUCUUUACAUCGGCAACAAUAACUGUUGAAUUUCCAGUAACCAGCGGUUUAAUUCCAAGUUCUCGUUUUGAUCCAUUUCGAUUUCAUAGUGAUUUAAAAGGUUUUUCAUCCAUAUUUCAUUUUAUUUGUGCCAUAAUCUAUCUUGUUCUAAUUAUCUAUUUGACUCUUACGGAAGUUCGAUCGUUGAUAAGAAAAAGACGAACCUAUUUUCGUGUAUUUUGGUCUUAUAUUGAAUGGAGUAUCAUUGGAUGUUCAUGGGCAAGUUUCGGUCUAGUUGUAUGGCGUUAUCGAGAGAUGUCUCGAAUUGGUACUAUUUUCCAUAAUACGAAUGGUAUGCAAUAUCUCAAUCUAGAAUUAGUGACUUCAGUCGAUAAUUAUUUGGCAUGUCUUCUUGGCUUAUGUUGUUAUUUUGCCUUGAUUAAACUUAUCGGCUUUUUUCGCUUUAAUCGACGUCUCUCAGUAUUCAAUCGUACUCUACAAUAUGCUGCAAAGGAUCUUCUGCAUUUAACAUUGCAAUUCUCAAUUAUUAUAUGUGCUUUUAUUACACUUUUUUAUUUGCUCUUUACAACAGCAGUCCGAUCAUGUUCAACUCUUCUACUUACUACUCAAAUGUUGUUUGAAACGUUUCUACUCAAAUUUGACACAUCUGAAUUGAUAGCGGCACACUCUUUUUUGGGUCCAUUUACAUUUGCUCUGUUUAUCUUUUUACUUGUUUUCAUCGGUUAUACUAUGUUUAUUUCUUUGAUCAUCGAUGCGUUUCAUCGAGCCUUACACGAAAACAACUCGAAUGAAAAUAAUGAAGAGUUGAUUACAUUUGUUUUUUCUAAGCUCAAACGAUGGAUACGUUUACGCAGGCCUACCAUUGAAAAACAUGACGUAAGAACACAUUUGGAGUAUCAAGAAUUGUUUGAUCGAUUUCCUAAUACAGUCGAUCAACUUCUUGCAACUUUAGAACGAGUGAGUUCAUAUUAA